UCUUCACGACUCCAACACUACAAAGUUUGACUCCUAGUUGUCUGACUAGGCCUGAUUAUCUAGUUGACAUCAACCGAACUCCCCUGCAGCCUUCUUCCGGCUAACACUCGUCUCCUGCCUUCAAAUUCAAGCUAGGUCCCAUUGCCCGUGUGCAGCCAAAUUCCAAUCACGUCCAUCUUUAGCUUCCGUCUUCCUCAGGCAACGUGUUUAAGAGCCGCUGAACAACAAACAACAAGAAUCAACAGAUGUCGAACGCGACGUUAAUUCGAAAGCUCUUGAAACGUCUGUUUCAAGUGUUGGCGACGCUCGCAACUUCAUCUGCACGGCGACUGCUCAUUCUCGUAUCAUGCUUUCGACGCUUUGUGGCCAAGGUUCAUGCUCCAAUUUUGCAUGAUACUGACUCCAAGUUUUCCACCGUAGACUCGUGUUGUGCUGUCUUGACUGGGACUUCUAGUGCACGAUGUUCCCAGUCCACCUUACCAUUGCCGCUUCACACUACUCCGCCGAGUGCAGUAAGCCCUAUGGCUUCAACACCUCCGUGUGCCAUGCCUGUUUCAGGCGCUCCCCAACAUGUUAAUCCGCCACAGACGCCUUUGCCUCUAGCUGUCGGUAAUGCAAUCUCUGCCAAUGGCCUCCCCAUCACUCUCCAUUUUGUGCCAUCUGCUGUAGAUCACAAAUCACGAUAUGACGAUCGUCCUUUUGUAGAUACAUCUCACUCUAGCGGAAUUCUAGCAUUCACGAGGUCCUUCCCCAACCAGUCAUGUUCUUGGUUGAAUGGUGACUGGCAGCGGUGUAUACAUCCCGAAGGCGCACUGUAUCUGUACAAUGGCCGCAAGAGAACGUUCACUGAAGCACACAUUAACGAAUAUUCGUUCCGCUUGAUGGACAGAUGUGCGGAUGAGCUAUACGACCUGGCACGCACAAACUUACCAAGCAUUGACGCUGAUGAUAUCGAGCUCGUCGUGCAGGUAGUUCUGAACCAAGCAGAUUCGUGUCAGUACUACUUUGUUGACCAUGCAACCCGAACUCUCUUUUGGCUGCACGAUUAUGAUCGAGCGACGGAGAAUAUAUUCGAUGGGUUCCAAGGCGUCUGUGAUCCGAGUCAUAUUCGAUAUGCCUUGGAGUCUCAAUACUGGAUGCAUUGCGAACGCUACCCGAAACACGAGCUGGAUCGAGUCAAGCUCCUGAAAGAACUGAGGGCGGUUGUUGUGCAUGCGAGUGCAGAGAUCAUCACUUCGGAUACUUCUUUGUCGCCUUUUGGUGCUGAUGAACUUUCCAGCAUCCUGGAGCUGGUCAACCAUCUUCAAGAGAACGCUCAGGAAACUGAUUUCCCUCAUCCCACUUGUGUCAUUGCGAGGUUCAUGCAUUAUUUCUGCAAAGCCAAGUAUUACAACUUCUGCGGCCUACCUUGCGCUCGUCUCGAUGCCGAUAAACCUGUGUACAACAAUAUUGCUAGCUUUCACCCACUGAGCGGUAGUCUUUCUUUGGCCCUUGACGCCAUGCUUUUUUGGGCACCACAAGCACACUUGAACGAUCUUCGAAGGGUGUGGGUAGAUAAGUGCCUCAACUCACCGCGGUGGAAAGACUACAAUGCAAAGCUCAUGACGGAGUGGACCGGAAUCACCAUCUAUUCCACCGUCAUGUUAGCCGUGGAUGUGAGUUUUCUUGCAGUGCCGAACGUGAACAUUUCCACAUCGCAGUCGAUCGGGAUCAUUGCUACCUAUCUCUCGAUCAUCUUGAUAACUGGCUCCUUGGUCGUCUCAGUCCUGCUGGUCCGUCAAAACCAAAGAUAUGGUUGUGAAUCAGUGGACAAAGCGGGAGACUUCCUGUAUAAUAUGACUGACACGUUUUUUGGGGAUAAAGGCCUUGCGACGGUCAACAGUCUUCCUUACGCGAUGCUCAUGUGGGGGAUGAUCUACUUUUCAAUUGCUCUACUGUACAAUGUGUUCAAGUCUACGACAGUGGUCAUGCUGGCAUCAGUUGUCAGUGGAUGUGCGGUGGUUACCAUGUUUAUAUUGUGGUUCAUCUGGGCAUCAAGAGAGUUACAUAUCUUCAAGCGACUGGCUGAGCUCAUCUUAUCUGCUAGGAGUCGCGUCAUAACACGCUUUGGGGUUCCAUGAACCUCAUAUAAGACGACAAGAGUUUCCUAAACAACUUUGAUUUCUCCGUAG